CUUUUUCUUUAUAUAUUGUUAGAAUGAAGUUUGGACAUACUUUGAGAACUUCACUGAAUCCAGAAUGGACAUUUCAUUAUAUUGCCUAUGAUGAUCUAAAGACCAUCUUGAAAAAGGGAGCAGUAGGUGAAGUAUGGACAGAAGAGAGUGAAAGCAAAUUUGUAGAAUUACUCGAGAAAGAGUUGGAUAAGGUCUAUAGCUUUCAACGUGUCAAGUUGGAAGAGAUCAAUCGACGUAUCGAACUCGAGUCGAGAGAAGUAGAUGAACUAUGUCAAAAGGAGAAUCCAGAAGAAGAUGAAUUCACUGCAUCAGAAAUUGAGUUAGGACAUAUUAUAGCUGAUGUUCAUGACUUGGCCAAGUUUACUAGAUUAAACUAUACUGGCUUUUUGAAGAUUAUAAAGAAGCAUGAUAAAGUGACAGGAUGGCCAUUAAAGCCAAUGUUUGGCGUCAGACUGAAUGCGAAACCAUUUUAUAAAGAAAAUUAUGACGCAUUGAUCAUUCGUAUCUCUUCACUCUAUGAUCGAGUGAGGACAAGAGGUAAAGAAAGAGGAGGCGAUUCAGCUGCUGGUGGUAAACAAGCAGCCUUUGUGAGAAAUACAACUAAAUAUUGGGUCCAUCCUGAUAACAUCACUGAACUCAAAUUGAUCAUUUUAAAGCAUUUACCCGUCUUGGUCUUUAAUCCCAACAAGGAAUUUCAAACCCAAGAUUCAGCGAUUACAAGCGUCUAUUAUGAUAAUGAUGACUUUGAUCUUUAUAUGGGAAGAUUAGAAAAGACAGAGGGUGCUGAAGCCAUUCGUAUGCGUUGGUAUGGUGGCAUGGAUUCAAAUACCAUCUUUGUGGAACGAAAAACACAUCAUGAAGAUUGGACUGGUGAAAAGUCCGUCAAAGCACGUUUUCCAAUCAAAGAAAAGUAUUUGAAUGCCUUCCUUAAGGGUGAAUAUACAACUGAUGAACUAUUCUUCAAGAUGAAAGGGCGUAAAUCAGAAAAGGAAAUUCAAGAAUUAGAACAAUUAGCUCAAGAAGUUCAAUAUACUGUCCUAACCAAGAGACUUCAUCCCAUGAUGCGUACAUUCUAUAACCGUACUGCCUUUCAAUUACCAGGCGAUGCUCGUGUCAGAAUCAGUUUGGAUACUGAGCUGUCCUUGAUCAGAGAAGACAACUAUGGUAGACAGAGAUCGGGUAACAAUUGGCGCCGUAUGGACAUUGGCGUAGAUUAUCCAUUCAAACAGUUGCCUGAUUCUGACAUCUGUCGAUUCCCUUAUGCUGUUCUCGAAGUCAAAUUACAGACACAUGUAGGACAAGAACCACCUCAAUGGGUCACUGAACUUGUCAAUUCUCACCUUGUCGAAUCUGUCCCCAAAUUCUCAAAGUUUAUUCAUGGUUGUGCUACCUUACUAGAAGACAGGAUCAACGUGUUACCCUUUUGGUUACCUCAGAUGGACGUUGACAUCAGAAAGCCACGUAGCAAAGUCUUUGGUUUAUCUCGUCCAGAAGCUAAUGGAAGUGGAUCUGCAUCCAAUAGCGAUAAUGAAAAUCAUCAUGAUGUUCAUACAGAUGAGCAUGUUCAAACUGUCAUGGCUGAAGCAACAGAAUCAACACCACUCAUAUCAAGAAACAACGCAUCCUCUGACAGCAAUAAGCAGCUAUCACCUGCUGGACUCAGCAAAUUGUUUAAUAAAUCAAAGACUAUCUUUCUCAGAAAGAAGAACAACCCAUCUAUUCCCACUGGUCGUACACGCCCUAUUCCAACCAAGGCUCCUCCUGCCAAGACUUUCUUUGCCAACGAACGUACCUUCCUCCACUGGCUCAAGUUUACCCUCUUACUCGGUGGUCUUGCCAUCGGUCUACUCAAUUUUUCUGAUAAGGUAGGUCGUAUGUCAGCUAUCAUCUUUACGAUCGUGUCCAUGUCUGUGAUGAUCUAUGCACUCUAUACAUAUCAUGAACGUGCCAAUCGUGUCGAAAGAAACGAGUAUGGUGAUUUCUCAGACAAGUAUGGCCCUGCGGUAUUAACCAUCUUUUUGGUGGCGGCUGUUUGUAUCAACAUGGGUCUUCGAAUGACGCUCGACGGGCUGGAUUAGAGAGAGAGAUGUGUCUUUAUUAGCAUGUACUUUAUAGUCUUUUUUUUCAUUCAUCAUUGCUCAUGUGAUUACUUCUUUUUUUGCAAAUAAUAAAACAUUGUUUAUUUAUCAACUAUUUCAAAUGGAUCAGAAUUAAUGGAAUCCGUAGAAGGUGGUCGUGGUAAAGAGUCCAGAGGAUCAUUUGGAUGUUCUUUUACUAUCGCAGGGCGUGGUGCUGGUAGAGAAGGAGACUCAGGUUCAUUUGAUAGUUCCACUACUUUAGCCUUUGCCUGUUUUUGUUCUUGUACUUGGUUAAUUGACUUUUCCAAACGACUUAUCUUAUCUUGUACACUAGCUAGUCUUGUUCCCACCAUAUGCUUGAGAGAUAUAUCUAUGCUAACAAUAUUUUGAUGGCCUAACUCUUGAUUAACCAUUGCUUCUUGCAGCAUGUGCUUUAUUCGAGCGAUAUCUCGAUUAACUAUUUCUCUUGCAUGAGCUGUUUCUUUGUUAGCUC